UUGCCGCUGGCUCGCAGGAGCAGCGGAUGCCGCCGGUGGCCGGGAGCUGUGCCGGAUCUCUGGCCGUACUCGCUCCCUCCCCGUUUACUUUCGCUUCCCCAAGCAGCCCGUGACCUCUGCUCAUCCAGGCGAGGAGGAGGAGGAGGAGGAGGAGGAUCGCCCCGCGCGGGACGUGUGCCGGGCACGGCACAAGCCCCGAAACCGAUGGAUGAUGCUCUACAGAAGAUAUCAGUCGUAUUGUCAUCGGCUGCAGCACGACAUGUAUUUCCUUACAAGCACCAGCCGACUGAAUGAGCAAGUGGUUGAUAAAAUUAUUCUUCAACUUAACAGAGUCUAUCCCCAAAUUCUUACCAAUGAAGAAGCAGAAAAGUUCAGGAAUCCAAAGGCAUCACUCCAUACCAGACUCUCAGAUCUGUUAAAGCACCUUCAAAAGAAAGGAGACAGACACUGUCAGGAGUUUUACAGGGCUCUGCAGAUCAAUGCUGAACAGCUGUUUAAUGACCUGCCAAGUAGGAAAAUCUUGAAAACCCCAGAUCCCACAGAGAUAGACACUGACAAGGAGCAAUAUAUGCUAAAUGACAGGGGCCCAGUGUUUUUCCUGGCCUGUUUCAGCGUGGCUGCAGGACUUGCCCUGGUUUGGUAUUGCUGUAACUCAGAUACAAAAGUCAUAGGAAGAGCCAGGAGAAUCUUGGGCUUUUCUCCUAUUAUCAUAAGAAGACAUGUUAGAAAUAUUUGUAUGUUGUAUUUGGAAGACAUAUCAAGAGAAUAAGGAAGAGCUGCCUCUUCGCCUGUCUGUGCAGUAACCUGCCAAGGGAAGCCAACGGUGCAUAAAUAUUAAUCUCCUGUACUCAUACCAAAGAUUUUAUUAACUAACUUCAUCAAUAAUUGCCUUGCCUCCAGAUGUAUUCAGAAUUUCAGCUAUAAAUGUCCUUCCCUCUGGGAACGGACCAUUUAUUUUUGUAAAUGCUUAUUUUAAAAUAUUUAUCGUUUGGAUAAAAAAGGUAUUUUUUAAUACAAGCUUUAAAACGAUCUCCUAAGUGAGGGUCUGAAGCCAUGUUUGCAUAUGUGUUUUAUACUGGAACGAAGGAUCACAACUGUUUGAAGAAUGCUAGCCUGUCUUUUGUGGUAAUUAAUUUAAGAAAAGUACUUCAAACAAACACAUGCACUCAAAGCCUUAUUAAGAAAUGGAUCUCCAUUUCAGAACUGUUUUGUCUAGAUCCUUUUUACUCCCUGCCCUGAGCUCAAGUGUGAAAAGUUUAUGGGUGCCAGUUCUUUUUGUGUCUGCCUUGUACUCAGUGUGUCUUUGGAUUCCCCGCUGGUGCCUCAUCCCGGCCUGUUCCUGGUCAAACCCUGCUGGCCCUGGUUUGAAUGCCCUGGAGCUGGUGCUGACUGGUUCCAGGCCCACACAGGGUCCCAGGGACUGGAAUGUCUGACCUGAAGCACUUCAGACUACCAAGAUCUUUAAGGUUUAUUUAGUUCUCCCUUUCCCAGUGAAGUGCUUUGCACUCUGUGGCUAAGAAACGGAACUAAUCCAAGAUACUUUGCAGUGACUUAAGUGUCAUGACAUGGGGCUUUUUUAUGGCCAGAAGUACUUGAAGAGUCUGGGAUUGUUCAUAUGUCAUGUGAUGAUGUCCUGUUUUUCUUUUCUGUGAGUUGAAACCUGAGAAACUUGCAGAAACCAUUGUAAGAUAAAAUUCCUGAGGGAGAGGCAGGGAGUUGGGCUGCAAGUGAAGCAGCUGGGGGUUUCUCAGCUUGCUCCUGCCUCAGUCAGUGCCAAGGGCUGUGGAGAGUUCUUCAGUUACUGCUCAAGAGCAUCAGGAGCUUGGGGAGACCAUGAUCCUGUACCUGGUGAGAAAGACACUUUUGUGGCUCUUCGUUCAGUCAGGAAAUUUCCAGAUCAAAUCAAAUGUCAUCUGAAUAAACAGAUACAGCACAAGUUA